AUGGCGACAGCCGAGCACAAGUACAGGGUUGCAUACUUCAAGCAAAAGGUGGAUCAUUUCAGCUUCAGCAACAGGGACUCAUUUCGUCAACGUUACUUAAUAUACGAGGACCACUGGAACAAGAAUGGGGGUCCCAUCUUUUUCUGCACUGGAAGCGAAAUGAACGUCGAAGUCCUUGCCAACCAAAUGGGAAUAAUGUACGACUGGGCGGUGGACUUCAAGGCUAUGCUGGUAUUCGCGGAACACCGCUAUUACGGUGACUCGCUGCCCUACAGAGAGCGGUCAUUCAGUUCCAGGGACAGGCGAGGUUACCUGACGACGGAGCAAGCACUGGCCGAUUUUGCCUACCUGAUACAGCACAUCAAGAAGCACGCUCCGGGCGCCGACAAGAGCAUGGUGGUGACCUUCGGGGGAGGAUACGGAGGAAUGUUGGCUGCCUGGAUGCGCGUCCGCUACCCACACCUCGUCAAAGGAGCCUACGCCUCAAGUGCGCCCAUCGCCUACUACAGCGGCGAGGUUGCGUGCGACAAGUUUCCACGUGCCAUCACCGACAGCUACAAGAGCCAGUCGCAAAACUGCGCUGCUAGCAUCCGCAGGUCGUGGGCCAUCAUGGACAAAAUGGCGGCUACAGACGAUGGACUGCAGUUCCUCACUGAGGCGUUCCACUCGUGUCAGCGACUGACCCCGGACAGCAUCCCGCACUUGUACCAGUGGCUGAAGGAGGCCUACCAGACGAUGGCCAUGCUCGACUACCCCUACGACACAGAGCUGUUUGGGAAGCUGCCGGCGCAUCCGGUCAAGGAAGCCUGUCGGUUCCUGUGGAACCCAUUACAAACGGGCGAAGAUCUCGUGCGAAGUCUCCACAAAGCAGCCUCCGUCCUCUACAACAGCUCCGGAAACGCUGCCUGCUACAGCAUCGACGGUAACAUCGGAGUUCACGCGGGCUGGCUGUUCCAGACGUGCACGGAACUGGUGAUGCCAGAGUGCACCAACGGCGCGGAAGACAUGUUCAAAGCCAAGAAGUGGGAUGUCCGCAAGCACGCCAAGAGGUGUCAGCAGCGCUUCGGAGUGACGCCUGAUCCUGGAAGACUGAAGGUGCUCUACGGCGGCAGCGAUUUUCAGGGCGUCUCCAACGUAAUAUUCACAAACAACCUGCGGGACCCGUGGUACUAUGGCGGCGUCCUGUCGGGCCCGGAGUCCACGACAUCCAUUGUGGUGCGGAACGCCGCCCACCUGCUGGACCUGAGAAAGCCUAACGACCUGGACCCCGUGUCGGUUGCCUGGGCGAGGACUCGGGCCAAGGGAACGCUGUGGAGGUGGCUCGCACCGAAGCUCAACUUCUUUGGAUAG